AUGUUCACGAUGAUGGGUCCCGAGCGCGCGCGCGCAUGGACAAUCUGUCUCGUUGCCGCGCUGGGCAUGACGCUGUACGGAUAUGACGCGGCAUCGUUCAACUCCUCGUAUGGCCUCAAGACGUUCGUGCACCACUUUGCGGGCCCGAAUGCGACCAAGAUGGACCCGAACCUGCUCGGCGCAGCCAACACGGCGUUCACGUGCGGCUCCAUCAUUCCCGGAUACUUUAUCACGCCGAGUGUCUCGAAGCGUUUCGGCCGGCGCGUGGCCAUCUUCAUUGGCUGUUUCCUCGUUGUCAUCGCGACAUUCUUGCAGACCUUUGCGCCAAACUUUGGCACGUACAUCGCCGGCCGCCUCAUUGUCGGCAUGGGGCACGGGUUCGUCAUGCCCACUGGCCCUUGCUACAUCGCCGAGAUCGCGCCGCACGCCAUCCGCGGCCGCAUCAUGUCCUUCUGGCAAGUGUCGUUCACCAUAGGUGCCUUCUUCGUGUACUGGGUCGCCUAUGGCUUGAAAAAGGCCGACUACCUGGGCGACUGGCAGUGGCGGACGAUCCAGAUUCUCCAGCUCGUCUUCCCCCUCAUUGUCGGGAUCGGCAUUCUGUUCUGUCCCGAGUCCCCCCGCUGGCUAGUCGAGCGCAACCGUAUCCCCGAAGCGAGGCGGAUCAUUCGCAAAAUCCGCGCGCCAGACGAGGUCGACGCCGAGCUCGAGACCAUAGUCGCGGCAGUCGAGUACGAGCGCGCCAACAUCAACCACGGCGAUUCCUACUUGACGCCCUACAAGCUGAUCUGGACGGAUGUGUCUGUACGCAAGCGUUUCCUGCUCUGUCUCGUCAUCAAUGGCGGACAGCAAGUAUGCGGCAACUCGCAGCUCGGUUCCUUCUCCACCUUGAUCUACCAGCAAGUGUUCGCAGACGCCAACACCAUAUUCCUCAUCAACGCGAUUGCGGCCAGCUUCAACAUUCUCUUCACGCUCAACUGUUUCUGGCUCGUGGACCGGCUCGGUCGGCGGUUCCUCCUCAUCACGGGCGCGGCGGGCAUGGCUGCCGCGCUGCUGUGUGUCGCCAGCGUCGGCGUGGGCAUCAAGCCCGGGCCAGACGGACACAAGCCGUACGGCGAGGGCGUCGCCAUUGCCUUCCUCUUCUUCGUCUUUGCGCUCUUCUACAAGCCCUCCUGGGGCGCUACUGUCUGGAUUUACACCGGCGAAGUAUUCUCCCAGAACGUCAGAGCCCACGCCGUCGCCAUGGCUAGCCAGUGGCAGCAUGUGUGCAGCGCCAUUGUGAGCCAGUUCUUCCCCCUCUUCCUCCAGAAUUGCGGGUUCUACACCUUCUUCUUCUUCGCCGGCAUCAAUGCGCUGCUCUGUCUGUUCACCAUCUUCUUCAUCCCCGAGAGCAAGGGCGUGCCCCUCGAGGAGAUGGAUACGCUCUUCGGCGCCAAGAGCCACACGUCCGAGCAGCGGCCGCUCGGCGGAGAUGCCAAGGGUGCUACACUUGCAUACUCGGGCGAGUCGGGAGAUUCAACCCCGAGAAACGAAGAGGACAAGGGAUCCGGCGCCGAGAGCGUCGGGCCUAGCGAGAAGAACACGCCGUCCCUCCCCUCCAAGCCAUCAUAG